CGGCCGCGCAGGGGACGACUGACGCUCUGCUCCCUUUCAGAAAGCCCACCCACCCCCACUUAACCUUAGUAGGUACAAAAUUCUCGUGCCAGGAAGUCGAUAUAUUCGCUGACCCGUCGUCGAUCGCCCACCAGCCAGCCGAGACAAGCAGCGCCCUUUCGACCUGCUUCUACCAAGCCUGUCCCUUCCCCCCACCCCUUUAAAUUUGCCUUCACUCCCUCUGUUCUCGUUGUGUUGUCCACGCAGAACGACGUCCCUUUAUCACAAACAUGGCGGGUAUCUUUCGCACGAUCUAUGACUGGCUUCUGAGGAUGUUCUGGGCGACGGAGAUGGAUGUCACCAUGAUCGGGCUGCAAAAUGCUGGAAAGUCCUCGCUGCUGCGCGUGCUUGCGGGCGGCGAGUUCACUGUAGAUUCCAUUCCCACCAUCGGCUUCAACACGAAACGGGUCCAAAAGGGCCAUGUGACCCUCAAGUGCUGGGAUCUCGGGGGGCAGCCGCGGUUCCGACCGAUGUGGGAGCGGUACUGUCGUGGAGUGAAUGCGAUCGUUUAUAUUGUGGACGCAGCAGAUCGUCCGGCCUUGCCGGUGGCCACCGAGGAGUUGCACGACCUCAUGAAGAAGGAGACGCUCGAAGGAAUCCCGCUCUUGGUGCUGGGGAACAAGUCAGACUUACCAAAUAAAUUGUCGGUCGACGAGUUGAUCGAUGCGAUGAAUCUCAAAUCCAUCACCCAGCGCGAAGUGAGCUGCUAUGGGAUCAGCGCCAAAGAGGAAACGAACCUCGAUGCUGUUCUGCAUUGGUUGAUCGCGCGGGCCAGCCGAUGAGGAGAGAGACCGACCGACCGACAGCAGAGGCUGCCUGAGGAGCGUGGGGGGCGGGGGGGGAUCCCGUAGAGUGCAAACAAUGCGGCUCGCAGCCCAUAUAAUGAUGUGAAUGAUGUGAGACGUGAACCAGGCACAUUGAGUUUCAGCGAACCAUCUUGUCCGAUUUCAGCAACUCACUCCCUCCUGAUUUGAAUUUGGAUGGUUAUU